UACAAAUGUGAACAUUUCGGGUCGGAAAAGAAGCCGGUUGGUUGGAUUGACAAAUUGCCCACGCAAAGAAGGCAAACAGCCAAUUUAGCCACAGAAGGUAGCAUUUCCACGGUUUCAGCAGACCUACACAUCUCCCUACGCUGCUGCCCUCCAUGAAUUGUACAUGAUCAUCAAACGUCACACGGUUAGUUAGAUGAGAAUUUCUGACAAAUUCGGCCAGCCCGGUCGGCUUUUUUAUUUUCAUCUUAAGCCCCUCGCUCAUUAUUAUUAAUUUUCUUUUUUAAACCCCCUGGCUAGAGAAUUUUAAUUUCAACCCACAAACCAAAACAACAAAAGAAGAAAAGCCCAAACAGAGAAAAAAAGGGGAAGCUGAAGAGAGAAAGAGUGCUGGUUAUGUCGGUCCAUUUGGGAAGCUGAAGAGCCUAAGAGGUAAAAGAAGAAGCAGAGCCACCCAGUAGCUGUAGUUGGGUGCUUGAUUGUUGAGUGGUCAGCCAUGCCUUCGCUUCAGCUGCUGCAAUUAACUGAGCAUGGCCGGAGUUUCAUGGCGUCGAGGAGGAAAACUUUACUACUUGCCACUGGUAUCGUGGUUGCUGGUGGGACUGUUGCAUACGUUCAAUCACGGUUAAGCCAUAAAAAGCAUGAUGCUAUUGGUCAUUAUAAUGGGCUGAAUGAUAAUGAAGAAACAACGGAGAAGGUCGUGACGAAUGAUCAUAAGUUAAAGAAACCUCCACGAAAGAAAGGGGGAUUGAAGUCGCUUCAAGUUCUUGCUGCAAUUCUCUUAUCUGAGAUGGGCCAAAUGGGUGUGAGGGAUCUUUUAGCUUUAGUCUCUAUAGUGGAACUUUUUGAGGGACAUUAUUUCUGUCAGGCACAAAGGGAGGACUUCUUUCAGCGAGCAAAGCCUUACAAUGAUCAUCCAACAAUUCUUAGGCUACCAGGAAAAGUUCUACUUCAAUCCAGGUGACACUGGAUUCUGUAGCAGUAUAUUUACACACAAGGGGUCGCUCAGGUGACACUGGAUUCUGAAGCAGUAUAUUUACAUUCUGUAAUCUGAACGUUGCAUAGCUUGGUCUACAAUGACAAGGAAAUUGAGUGAUUUUACAAGUCCAAAUUCUGCAACCCCAAGUUUUGUUUUUUUGUUUUUUUUCCUACAAUUGCAGAUAGGUUUCUCUGUCUUGAUUGUAAAUGCUCACUGAUGAAUAAGUGGCUAUACUCAUAUAUUUUUGUAAGGAAA